AUGCAGCUCAGCGGGAUUGACUACGGACCCAGGUUUGGGCCUCUGGAUCCGACUAGGGGUUGGCGGGAAAUACGACGCCAGAACAAUCGCAUCUUGGACUGCAACCGCCUCUACGUCAGCCUCUGUGACCGCAUCAAGGGUUACAUCUAUGUCUACAGGCGUCCGUGGCGUAGCGCCGUCAGCUACCUGGCCGAGGCGGACUACAGCGAGCUCAUGUCGAGGGGCCGGGUGUGUCAGGAAUGGUUUCUGAGCAGGCGCAUCGUACAUUAUACACCCUCCGAAGUCUACUUUGAAUGCCGGACACUGCGGCCUGCGAGUAUUUGCAAUUACGCCGUGGGUCUCAUCCGCCGCAAACUCAUAGAAAAUGAAGAGGACGACAAUAACGGCGAAUCCAGUAUUCCAUUCCGGGUUGGCUUCAAGUCGCGCUUCUUCGCCGUCUCUGCUGACAAGCAGCAGGCAUACAACAUGGUCAACACGGUCAACACCACCACUACCAACCCGCAGCAGUACCUGGCCGGCCUGUGGCUCGCCGGUAUGCACUACGGACUGCGCCGGCAUGCACCACGGACUGCGCCGGCACGCCACCGACACGGCCGCCGCGAGACCCUGCGCCUGUGGCGUACCGUCAUGGUCAUGGGCAUCGGACUCACAACGCCGAGUGGGAGCUUAAGGAAGGAGACGCCAGAAACCAGAGCUCCUCUGCAAAGCCACCAGACGAUCAACAAUAACAUCGCCGGCCGGUGGCUAGUGAGCCGAACGACGAGCCUCGGCACGGCUAGUGGAUGGGGCGUGUUUGAGCGCGCAGAUCUGCCACACGAGUCGCCGGCAACCGACGGAGAAAACACCCUGACGCUAACGCUGGCACUCGCAAUCGCCGCGCGCAAGAACUGCGGGGGCGUCCCGGCCUCGUUUGCCUACGACGUUCUUGGCGUGCUCUUUGUCGAGCCCGUCGCCGACGAGGAGGCGGCUUGCAGGUUCCGCCGCGUCGGCGUGGGGAGCCUAUUCGAAAAGGAGACACUGCAUGUGUUUAACAUGGCUGAAGUUAUGGCGAUUGAAUUGGUGUGA